AUGACCGAGACUGCCAUGGACACAAGCAACAACAACAAUAACAACAACAACAGCUUCAGCAGCACAGGUAAACAGCUCGCUCCCCCCUCACCUACAACUCUUUCAAUCAGAGCUGUGUAUAACCAGUUUGUGUUUGGGUGUACUAGUUGUUGUGUUGUUUAGUACACGCGUUCAAACUUCAGUUUUCCUAUUUACUCAUAUUUUUUGUUUUAAUGUGUAAAUACAUCAGGAGCGGCAGGUUGUAAGUUGGAGCGGCACGCUGCGCGGAAAACGCACCUGCACGUAAUUUGUCAUUAAUCGAAUGUAAGGUUAAACUUGAGCGUGGUGUAAUGUUGGGUUCAUUUUCACAGCCGAAUUAUAAACAUACAACAAAUGUCAUCUAUGUAUUUGAAAAAGAUUGAAUAAAGUGCGUUCAAGUUGUUGGAAAUGUAGCGAUUUGUGCGCGGAAGCGGUGCCUAAAACUAGAAAUAGUCCGAUAAAAGAAACAAACGCGGAGGAAAGCCGCUCAUAUUGCUGCUGGUGACAUCUGAGGUGACCUCCUCCAGAUGAAUGGAGAUUCAGACUUCAAAACUCAAAGUCAAAGUCAUGUGUUUCUGUGAAUAAAUGCUUAUGGAGACCGGAGAGCAAAGGGUUUAAAGUCCCGGUUUAGCUGCGGCUUCAUGCCCGUUUACCCGCCACAUGUCCGGGAGUCUGAGGAGGAGCAUCACGGGGACAGACACCGUGAUUCCGGGAGAGUUUCGAGGAACUGGGUCACGAUGACAGCCCUCGGUCGCUGGGUCGCUUGGUGUCAGGUGGACUGUGUGUGUGUGUGUGUGUGUGUGUGUGUGUGUGUGUGUGUGUGUGUGUGUGUGUGUGUGUGUGUGUGUGUGUCCUCCUCUCACUACAGCAGCCGUUACCGGUUCACAUGGAGCUGCAAACCGGGCCAUGUGCGCUUUGUUUUCCCUGAGCCUGGGCUGUGAUUGGCUGCUGCUCGGACUCAGUUCAUUGCGUAAUUUCUCCUCCACACCUCCAACUCUGAGUAUUUCUAAGUUUACCUCAAAUCAUCAUCUUCUGCACAUUUCAGUAUAAAUAUUUAAACACACGUAUCAUAUUUAAAUUGUUUAACACGGAUGUUGAUUUUUGAGGGUUACACUUUUAUUCUUUCACAUUAGAAACGUCCAUAAACCUGUAUUUUCUUUGGUUAGCAUGCAUGUAUUCCACCUGCAUUAAAUCCUGCAGUUCACUCUGUAUAAAACCCUGUAUAAUAAGUUCACGAGUGUGUGUUGAGUGUGUGUGGCUAGUGUCUAAAUAAUGUGAUGUCUGCAGGUGAUCUGGGGUAAACUGUACAGUGAGAGUCAGAGACAGACCACAGCACCUCCUACUCUCCUCUCGGUGCCUGUUUAACAUGUGAGACCAUGACUUGGUGUAUCUCCCCUCCCGCCCCCCUUUGUGUGAGAAAGUGGAGCAGCAGCAUGAUCCAAGCCCCCCCCCCCCCCUCUCCUCCCGCUCUGGUUACCACAGGCGAACAUGGACCAGUUUGUGCUGGACUGGAUCUUUACUGCAGGAUACUUAAAAAGGCGCAGAUGUAGAGGAUGGUGGACUCAUGUUGGAUCUACAGAAACCCAACAUGAGUCCACCGCGAGAAUGAAAACCCUCCUCUAAUAGUCAGAAAUCCUCACACUCUCUGCAUCACAGAAAUAAAAAUGUCCAUGUUAGCAUCUUAACUCUUCAGAUUGUUUUCCAACCUGCUUGAACCUGAUUGGAUGAUGUUUGUAACGUGGUUGGCAGGGCGCUGUGAAUGAAUGAGUGAUGAGGGAGGCUGAAUGGAGCAGCAGAUGAGUGAGGAUAAAGGCGCGGAUGUGUGGAGAGGGUCACAGAUGGCGUGGUAGAGACGUGACUACAGAGUGGAUUUAAAUGCACGUGUCCAGGAAGUCAUUUUUAUUUGAUAAAAUAUGAUUCAAUGAUUCAAAUAUGAUUGGGUUGGGCAGUUUUUUUUACUUCUUAGCUUUAAGCAACAGUAAGGGAGUCGCAAUUCUUUGCCAAGACAAGUAAAGGAUGACCAAAGGAGGAUGAUUGAAGCUGAAACUGGCAGUCAUCUCAUUUAAUUUUUAAAAGGCUAACAAUGAAAAGGCGUUAACCCGAGAUAUAAGUAAAGCUGAGGCAAUUUCAAGGUCAGUAUGUCAGAAGAGAAUCUGUACAUAUUUUCAGGACUUAAAUAGAAGAAUCAUGGUGAAUUCUCCUAGUUUAGAGCGCCACAACAUAAACAAAUGGCUCCGUUGUUGCUUUUUUAGCAAAUAAAAUGUUAACAAAUUACCUCCGGCUGUUUUUUAUAGUUGAUAACAUGGGAGCAAAAAGCCCAGAUGGUAUUUUUACAAGAUAAUAUGUGGAGAAGGUACUAAAAGAUUGUACCCUAAAGCUUGUAAUCUUAAGGUCUUUUAUGUCACACAGUGGGCGCCCUUUGAGAUUUUUGGCCCUCCUCCUCAAACAUACUUACAGUACUGCUUACAAAGAAAAGGAGUAAAAAGAGGAUUUGUAUUCUACUCAUUUGCUUUCACAACAAAUGCAUUCAUACGUUAGGAUACAUUUAGUAAAUCUCUCAGUAACGUCAUAUCUAUUGAGAAUAUUAAAUGUUCAAACACUUCCAUUGUUGUAACAUGAAUCAAUAAUAUCUAAGACAUAUCUAUCCAAGCAACCAUUCACUGCAGGAUGAUCAGGUUUUAGUGUCUUAGAGCAAGGCAGUAACACUCUUCUGUGGUUCAUUUAAGGUUUGACUCCAGUUUGAGUUUUUAUAACCAUCCAGACUGUCUCCACUCAAUGUUUAUCAGAGGGUGAGCAGCUGCUAGAGUUUACGCUGUGGGCUCACUCCCCUGCUCCUUACAGGCUGUCUGAGGGUUUAUCACAGACUGGCAGGGAAGGUCCUCGCAAGUAUGCCAGCCCAGCCUCAGUGUUUGUGUGCGCGCUGAUGAAUGGAGGAAACGUGAGAGUGUGGCGGAGGGAGGAGGAGGUGUGUGUGUGUGGGCGGGUCCCACUCGAGCCAGUCCCGUUGCCGAGUCUGCUGUGUGGGCGACUCACGUGUUUCAGGGGCAUGACACACACACUCACACACACUCCUCCCUUCAGUCUGCAUGAGAGGGGGAGGAACAUAUUACUGACACAUAUCUAUAAUAUUCAUACACUGCUGCAUGAUCCUGUUAUUUCCCUCACUUUGCUGCAGGAUCCUAAAUCAUCACAUUUAUAAUACAGUAUCUAGAGCACUGAAACUGCAAUGUUUCUAUUUCUGUUCAGGCUAAUAAUCUGAACCGAAAAUAUCCACACUGAAGUGCUAAAUCUCUACCUUCCUCUCUUCACAUUUUGUAAUCCAUCAGUGCAUUCAUCCGCUGCUGAAAAUAGUCCCAAACAACCCCCUUUAUUAAAAAAAAAUCCACUUAAAGCAGCUGUUUUAGCAAACAAAAACUGCAGUUCUUCCGGUGUCCAUUAGAGGCUGUCCUCCAUAGUGAGUCAGUUCCCAUAGAGCCCUAUGUCUACCUCCUUUUCCAACAUCCCUGAGCCCCUCUCUCUGCUCAGCUGGGGCCUUUGUGUAAAUUAGGCACCUGAUAAUAAAUCCCCUACAACCUCAUAGUUAAUAAUAACAAUAAAAUUGUAAAAUAAAGCAAGACUAUGAUUAGAUAAACUCAGAUUUAGACAGGUGUAAUCCAGCACAAUCUUGAUCGGACCAGUACACUUGAUACUCCAGAACAGUACAGGUCAGUUAUUUGGGUAUCCACCCGACUUCUGUAGAUGGGAACAAAAAUAACUGCAUACCGCACUGAACCAAACUGCAAAGUAAAUGCACAAUCAGUUAUUUAGACAAAAACGACUAAUGUUUAAAUAAAUCAGGAAAAAAGUCCAAAGUAAAUUUAAUUUAACACGACACAGAUUUCCAGAGUUUGCAGGUUAACAUUAUCUGAUUGGUCUGCGGAGUUGGUUAACACUAGGAGAGCUAGUACCACCAGCUAUCAGUCCUUCUAGCAGGCUAACAUUCACACGCUUGUGCUGGUUACUCAUUGAUCUGGUCAAGUGGUUAGUUACCAAUUUACCUGGACACAGACUUCAGAAGACAUCCUCUCUAUUUCAAAGACCAACAGACUGCCAAACCACACCACACGCGGACACACCACCUGUCAGCUGUGUUCGUUUACACCUGGAACAUAAAGGCUCACCAGUCGCCACAGCUUUGGUACCACACUUACCCGGCAUUUUGGGCCUAGAAUAAUAAAAAAUAUAAACUAGUUUAACUAACUGGUUGUUCUGGUGCUGACUAGAAAAUGUGAUGUUUAAAUGUUCUGUACGAUCUUGUAUUAAGGGCUGAGGUUAUGCAUGAAUUUGCAUAUUUACUGUUGUAGCUGAUAUGACUGACAGACCGCAGUACUGAUAGCACAACAGCUCGGCUUCACCUCUGUGCCUGUUUCCAGACGGACUUAAAUCAGAUGGAUCCAGACGAAGUUGCUAAAGUUUCAUCUUUUUAAAUCAGAUCACUCUGCAGGUUUUUGGACUUACAUGUUGGCUUCGUUUUCAGUUCAGGGGCUUGUUGUUUGGUGUAAACUUUGAUACAAAUCUUGUUUGUUUGAAAUGAACCUUGUUGUGCGGUUUACAUUCUAUCAGUCCUCUAAACACCUGAGAUUAUUCCAACAAACACGAGGAUACAGAUUUGUCUGUGUGCAGGGGUAAUGAGGAGUUUUAACCAUAAAGUUACUCGUGGAGCUGCUUCAUAAAAAUGUCACGUGACCAUGAGAAGGAUUUCAGCCAUCAGCAUGACGGAUAUGAAUUACUCUGAGUUGCACGUGUCGAUCAGUCUGACUCAUCAACGUGUCGAUUGUGUUUAUGAGUGCAUUUUUAAUGCUGCAGUGUUUCUCUGAAUGUGUGGAGCAGGAGGAGUGUGUGUGUGUGUGUUAUCACCUCUCAGACAGGCGUGCAGACUGAGCCCAGGCGUCACGUGCAGCAGUGACACGUGGGAAACAGAUAGAGAGAGAGAGUUAGAGCUGCUGCAGGAAUAGAGAGACAGUUUAGACUUGCACAGCAGGUGAGCUGUCACCUGUAUACUCAUACCGUACCUGCUCUCUGUACACACACACACACACACACACACACACAGGCAGCAGACAUGCUCUGAUAACACUUGGUUUGUUGUACAGUUACAGAGGGAGUCGAUAAGGCUGAUGUUCAUCUAAGAAAACAUCCAGGAAUCUACUGGAAUAGGAUCUGUGAGGGUUAGUUUUACAGUAGCAGUUAAGGCCUGUUUAUGUUAAGUGAUCACCAGCAGCAACCCCAAAGCAUUCUGAGAACUGUACUUACAUUUCUCAGAGCACUUUUAACGAACUCACAAAAGUAGGGAUGAGGACAGAGAACUAAUGAUUUUGAACCAUCUGGGAAUGGGUGAUAAAAUGUUAGUUCAGAAUUUGCAAAAAGCUGAAGUUCCUCCAGUGUCGACUCGAGGGUAUGUCCCAGUAGAGCUCCAGGUUAGAACUUUACAGCAGAAAUAAACAUGCUUACAGCCUGGCACAUGAACAGUUUGGGUCUCAUUCCUCUGUCUAUGAGAAUUGGACAGACUGAAUUUAAAUUUCAUAUUUCUGUAGCUCUAGCUUCUGUUGCUCACUUAUGCUCAACAUUAGAUUUUCAUCUUCUAGAAAUCAUGGAAAUGCACGUCAUGUAUUCUCACAGAUUAGACACAGUGGAAGAGAUACAGUAUACUGCUCACAUAAACAGCUUGAGGGUGAGGUAGACUCUCCUCUGCCUCAGGCUGUUCCCUGCUCCUCCCCCUCCUCCCUCUGUUCUCAAAAUUCCUAGAAAGUUGUAGUGGAUUCAACUUUUACCACAAAAACAGCCCCUCCCCUCGCUGCCCACCAGAUACGAGUUACCACGACACUCAAGCAGCUGCAUAAAAUUAGCAUAAAUACCCCCUAAACACACACACACACACACACACACACACACUAGGCCUGGCAGUGUGCGGCCGUUGGACUGAUCUCAGACCAGUUGCAGGCAGUGUGAUCUGUUUUCUUCCUGGUUUGUUUUUUCACGGGUCAGAGGCAGACAGGAAUGUUUUUUUCUGAUUUUGCCCCCAUAAAAUGAGAAUCUGUCACAAAACACCUGUUUUACCCCCCCACACACACUCUCUCACACACACACUGUUCAAACUGUUGCUAUUAGUGUUUAGUCAGACGUAUUUGUUCACCUCUGGUCACCCUCUGACUGCAGCUUUCUCUACUCCUCUCUGCAGGAGGUGUGAUCUCUUACGUGGGUUCCUGUGGAGGUUCCCCGCCUCGGACCAGUCCAGUCUCCAUGUACAGCGAGAACUCAAACUCCCAGCCUGGGUUUCCCUCCUCUUCAUCCUCCUCGUCCUCCUCCUCCUCCUCUAUGACUCCCUCCUUCCUCAACAGCAGCUCCAGUUCCGGCUCUGCAGGAGAUGAUGGCUCCUCCUCAGCCUCCUCUUCAGCAGGAGGCUCACCUCGAGGUCGAGACGACGGCGGCUCUCUGAGGAUGUCACCCAGCAAGUCUGUGGCCAGUCUGACCAGUAAGAACCUGACAGACAAACCAUUAACACUCACUAUGUAAGUGAUAAAGUAUAGUUAGCUGAUGGCAAAACAGACUUAUAACUACAGGCUAACUACUUUGAAAAAUAGUCCUGUAGUUCUAACUGACAGUAGUGCUUCUAUGGCAACAGUGUUCUCAUCUACCCACUUGUCAACUGAUAGUGUUGAGGGGACUAAAUGUGAUUCUUAAUCAACACACAUGUGACAAAGGGGCUCUAUUUCAGGUGCUAACGGUGUGUGUUACUGUCUGUGUUUUAGAGCUGAACGGCAUGGUGUUGCUGUGCAAGGUCUGUGGAGACGUGGCCUCAGGAUUCCAUUACGGGGUUCAUGCCUGUGAAGGCUGCAAGGUGAUAAAUUCAUGAAAGCAAACACACAUCAUGAACAACUUUUAAAAAAACAGUCUGUAUAGAAAAGUUUUCAGUCUGAACACAAUUCACCUUCAUGUCAUUGCAUAUAUGUGUAUAUACAGAUAUCUGCGUUAAGGUUAACUGAUAAUCUCUUCAUAUUUACACUGAGACACAUUCUACUUGAUGCUGAGUUACUAAAGACAAUCAGCAUUUAGAUUUCCCGACUUCCCUGAAUGCAUCAGAAACGAUGGCUCUGACUUUCAUUUGACAAAUAUUUCAAAACCAAACUAAAGCCUCUGUGUGAAUCAAUAGUUACAACGAAACUGAGACUCAAACACAAAAAGAUGAGCAAUAAAUCAGCCAAGAGAUAAAUAGACAACAGGUGAUAGACUGCUGUUUACUGAUGUGUUUUGCAUCUUUGCCUGUCUGUCUUUCCUCAGGGUUUCUUUCGGCGCAGCAUCCAGCAGAACAUUCAGUAUAAAAAGUGUGUGAAGAACGAGGGCUGCACCAUCAUGAGGAUCAACAGGAAUCGCUGCCAGCAGUGUCGCUUUAAGAAGUGCCUGUCUGUGGGCAUGAGUCGGGAUGGUGAGUACUCACCUGCACAGUUGCACACCUGCCUGUCUGCAUCAGCCAUACCUAACCAUCUCUCUAUCUGUGAAUAUGUCCCCCUGUCCUCACGUUUGUCUGUACAUGUGUGUAUCUGCAUUUGACCAGGAGUCUGUCUGUGUGUGCAUCUGAAUAUGCAUGGAUCUGUUCAACUUCCUACCCGAUUAUGUGCACACGUGUUCAUUUUAACACCCGUCAUUUCACAUUUGUGUUUAUGAACCUCUCUGUCUUCCCACUUGUGUUUCUGCACCAUCUGUCUGUUCACCUCAGUCUGAAAGAAGCUGUAUGAUGAUCUAGGAAGAUUCUGAUUGGUCACCUCAUCUCUCAACUGUCCUUCCUCUCCACUUCCUCUGUCUACAGCGGUUCGUUUCGGUAGGAUCCCGAAGCGUGAGAAGCAGAGGAUGUUGGCUGAGAUGCAGAGCGCCAUGAACAACAUGGUGAACAACCAGCUGCAGAAUGACUUCCAGCUCGCCAGCCUCUCCUCUUCCUCUUCUUCCUCCUCCUCCUCCUCCUCCUCCUCCUCCUCCUCCUCCUCCUCUCCCUGCCCAGGGGUGACCAUUGCCCCCCAGCCCCAGCCUUCGGCCUUGCCCCUGGCUCCUUCCUCGCCAUCUCCCCCUGCCCCUGCCACCUCCUCCUCGCCGCCCCCUCUCCCUGCUCCACCUUCGUUUCCUCCCCUCCUCUGUCAGAGCCCCUCCCCUUCCCCUUCACCUCCCCCCAGCCCUGGAUUGGACAGCACCAUCAGUGCUAUUGCCCGUGCUCACCGUGAGACCUUCCUCUAUGCUCACGAUAAACUGGCCAAUCCACAAACGCCAAGUCAGCAGCAGAAUAACCACACCCAUCUCAGCAAUGGGGAGGCAGAACACUGGGGGCCAAAUAGGUGCCCCAAUGGUUACCAUACCAAUGGCCUUAACACCAUCUACCAACAUAACAACAACAUGGGGCCAGGGCGCCACCCGCAGGACAACAGCAAGAACAUUGUACAUCAUCACUAUGGCAACGGGAAGAGAAGUCUGCAUAACAGUAAUGUGUUUGGAGGAGAAGGGUUCCAUGACCACAUGACUCAGGGGCAGAACUGUCCAAUGAACAACAGCAGUGGAAUAAUACUGGUGAGAACCAAUCAAAUUCUUAUAUUUACACCAACAGCACUUGAAGCCCCGCCUCCUUAUUUACUGUGGUUAACAUGUCGGCUAUCAUUGCUCUAAGGACAGCAGGGAAAGGAGAAGGUGAGAGAGGAGAGCAGGGAGGGGAGCAGGUUGAGGCAGGUGGAGAGGGGAGAGCAGGGAGAGGAACAGGAGGAGGAAGAAAGAGAGAAGAGAGCAGGGAGAGGAACAGGAGGAGGGAGGUGAAGAGAGGAGAGCAGGGAGAGGAGAGGGCAGGUGGAGAGAAGCAGAGAGAGGGGGAGGCAGGUGGAAAGAGGAGAGCACGGAAUGGAGCAGGAGGAGGCAGGUGUAUGUGAUACAUGCUGACACACCAGCAAACAACUAUAGGGUUUAAAUUGAGAGACAUGGUUCUGAAUCAUAAGAGGCCAAAGUUAACAGAUCCAAUAAAAUCAUGAUGUGGGCUAACAGUGUGUUCCAGUGAAAACAGAGUCAGGAUGUUGUUAUUCUGACAGGCUAAGCUCACUCUCACACACACACUCUCUCCUUCUCUCUCGCUCUUUUUUAAGGCCUGUCCGAUGAACAUGCAGCCUCACGCUGACCCCUCCAAGGCCCCCCAGGAGAUCUGGGAGGACUUCUCUCGCUCCUUCACCCCCGCUGUCAGGGAGGUGGUGGAAUUUGCCAAACAUAUUCCAGGAUUUAGUACUCUGUCCCAGAACGACCAGGUUACCCUGCUCAAGGCGGGCACCUUUGAGGUAUGGACUCAGUUUUAUUUUUAGUUAUUUUUAUAAAGAAUCAUCUCAGUGUGCUGUGAACAUUACCAGCACCAUCUGCUGGCCAGUAAAGGAACUGCAGCUCAUUCUUUCUCUUCUCCCAGGUCUUGAUGAUUCGCUUCUCCUCACUCUUCAACGUGAAGGAGCAGACGGUGACUUUUAUCUCUGGCGCCACCUACAGCCUGUCAGAGCUGCAUGCCAUGGGGAUGAGCGAGCUGCUGGGAGCCAUGUUUGACUUCAGCCACAAACUGGCGGCUCUGGAGCUGAACGCCCAGGAGCUGGGACUGUUCACUGCUGUGGUGCUGGUGUCUGCAGGUGAGGGCCACACUGAGCGCGUGUGUCUUAAAGACCAGGGUCUGCUGAUCAGAUCUGAGGUUUUAUAUCGGGUCAGAUCUUGACGACAGGUUGUUUAGAUCAAGUCGUCAUUUUUGAUCUGAAAAAAUUUACAGAAUCUGUCGGGUUUUUUGGUCAUUUAAAUUUUUUUGGGAUUAUCAUAAAUCUGUCAGUUUUGGGUUUUAGUCAUUGCCCUUCAUGUUCUUCUUCUCCUCCACUAUCACCUCAGAUCGCUCCGGUAUUGAGAAUGUUGCGUCGGUGGAGCAGCUUCAGGAGAACCUGAUCAGAGCACUGCGGUCGCUGAUCAGCAAGUCAUCCAUCACCCUCGGAAACAACCAUCAAAACGUGGACUCGCCACGGUUCACCAAACUGCUUCUGAAGCUGCCCGACCUGCGGACGCUCAACAACAUGCACUCUGAGAAGCUGCUGUCUUUCCGCAUCGAUGCCUGA